CCCAGAAGCUUUUUCAAGAAAGCGAAGACGGACCUACAGAAAUUGUUUUAGAGCUUCGCUGUCGCCAUGGCUCAGCUUUCAUAUGUUUCAGGCUCCGUGGGUUUGAUUACUCUCCAAAAUCCUCCUGUCAACGUCCUCAGUGGUGAAAACUACAAUUUAUCUUUCUGCCCCCGGACUAGUUCUAAUUCUGGAUUAUUCUUCGUGGUCAAGUCAACUCACGUGACUUUUAACUUGUUUAUAGUUCAUUAUCACCGUAGGUUAUUUCAUUAGUUACUUUAAUGAUAAUGACUUAAAUUGUAUACAUGUUACACAGCAUUAACUGAUAUUUUGGCACGUAAACAUGUGAACUGUUAAUGUUGGUUCACGUCCUUUGUACAGUGCAGCAACCCGACAAGGAAUCAUGGAGUCCAUGAAGAAGGCCCUCAAUGAUCCUAAGGUGAAGUCUGUGGUUAUAUGUGGCCAGAAUGGAGUUUUCUGUGCAGGGGCUGACAUUAAAGAGUUUGGUCCAAACAUCUCCGGGCCUUCAAUUGUACCAUUAAUCUAUGACAUCGAGGUUGCAAACAAACCGGUGGUGGCUGCCAUAGAGGGGAGCGCUUUAGGAGGGGGCCUGGAGUUGGCACUGACCUGUCAUUAUCGAAUCGCACACUCAAAGACCAGACUGGGUCUUCCUGAGGUAACUCUGGGUUUGCUGCCAGGUGCAGGAGGAACUCAGUUACUGCCGAGGCUCAUUGGUAUCCCAGCAUCCUUAGAGCUCAUAACCACAGGCCGUCACAUCACUGCUGCGGAGGCGCUGCAGCUUGGACUCGUGGAUCAUGUCACUCAGAGUGACACGGUGGAUUCAGCUGUAAAGUUUGCUCUGAGUGUUGAAGGUGAACCACUGGACUCCCGUCGUAUCAGCAAACGCCCCUGUCCACACCUGCCCGAUUUAGAUGCAGUGUUUGAGGCGGUGAUGCAGAAGGUGCGACAGAAAUUCUACGGAGCCAUAGCACCGAUAGCAUGCGUGCAGGCUGUGAGGGCAGCGGCCACGCUGCCGUUCUCUGAGGGCAUGAAGCGGGAGCAGCAGCUGAUGUCCACUCUCUUCACAUCAGGACAGGCCCGUGCCCUGCAGUACAGUUUCUUUGCUCAGAGAGCCGUGGGCAGGUGGAGCAUGCCCAGUGGAGCCAGCUGGAACACCAGCAAGGCCAGGCCCGUCCACAGAGCAGCUGUUCUGGGUCUUGGCACCAUGGGUCGAGGCAUCACAGUGGCUCUGGCUCAGGCAGGUGUGUCUGUGGUCGCUGUAGAAAUCCAGGAGAAGCAGCUGAACGAGGCCAGAGAACAUGUGUACGCCACUUUAGAGCGAGGGGCUCAGCAAAGUGGUGUGAGCCCUUCCUGUGCGAACAUCACUUACAGCCAUGACAUCCAGGCUGUGGCAGAUGUCGACCUGGUCAUUGAAGCUGUGCUUGAAGACCUGUCUCUGAAAGAGAAAGUCUUCCAACAGUUGUCUGCCAUUUGUAAACCGGGGACGCUCCUGUGCUCCAACACCUCCUCACUUGACCUGAACUGCCUGGCCUCUCAAACCAAGAACCCAGAGCUGGUGGUGGGGAUGCACUUCUUUGCUCCGGCUCAUGUCAUGAAGCUGUUGGAGGUGGUGUAUGGAUCAAAGUCAUCGCCUGAAGCUGUGGCCACGGCCAUGCAACUAGGAAAAAAAAUGGGCAAAAUCAGCGUUGCUGUCGGAAACUGCCGGGGCUUUGUGGGAAACCGGAUGCUAAAGCCUUACAUUGAGCAAUCUUACUUCCUGUUAGAAGAAGGGGCAACUCCUGAGUUAGUUGACAAAGCCUUGGAGGAGUUUGGGUUUCCCAUGGGUGUGUUCAGAAUGUCUGACCUCUCAGGGCUGGAUGUGGGAUGGAGGGUCAGAAAGGAAGACGGGCUGGCAGAGCCUGUUGGGACAUCAGGUCAGAUAACCAGACUGCGUGGAGGGCGCAGGUACUCACCACUGGGUGAUAUUCUCUGUGAGCACGGAAGAUUCGGUCAGAAAACUGGUCUGGGUUGGUACCAAUACGGUAGACCUGGAGGUCGAGUUGCCAAAUCUGAUCCCUGGGUUUUCAACCUUCUGGAGGAGUACAGAGCCCGGCUUGGCUUGACUGCACGUCCCAUAGACCAACAGGAGGUGCUAGAGCGCUGUCUGUAUUCUCUGAUCAACGAGGGCCUCUGCAUUCUAGAAGAAGGAUUUGCCUCAAGCCCUGAAGACAUAGAUGUGAUCUAUGUGUUUGGAUAUGGCUGGCCCAAGCACCGUGGGGGUCCCAUGUUCUACGCCAGUAUGGUGGGGUUGGCCACAGUCUUGGAGAGGCUGGAUCACUACUACAGAUCCAACCCUGAUGUCCCUUCACUGAAGCCCUGCAAGCUGCUGAGGCAGCUGGUGGCCAGUGGCAGCCCUCCAGUCCACAAGUGGAAGGAAAUCACCAAGAAAAUUCAGAACCGACUCUAACGGUCAUUAGGGGCAUAACGGUAGACAAAAGCCGUGGUCCGUGGUACGAAAAGAGACAAAAAAAUUUCUCAUUUCUGAACAUGAGACAAAAUGGCAAAUAUUCAGCUUAAGUUUGGAAAAAAAUAUAUAACAAUUAAAUAAUAAUCUAUUCUGCA